ACUCGUUGUUAAAGCGGUGGUCGACACGACUAUUGUGUGCCCGAAAGCGAUGAGCCAUUCGGUGAUAGUCUAGUGAUUGGUGUUUGUGAGCGAAGAGCGGAUCCAUCGAUUUGUUUGUGCCGUUUGUUUACAAACCAAUGCAUUGACAGUGAAAGCGAUGAACGAUUGUUUGACUCAACCAUUGACGACAUCGCAAGUGUUGACCACAACUAUGGACACAAACCUCCAGACAUUACAACAGACAUCACAACAACAGGUCGUCCCUCCCGGAGACCACAACUCUAUCAACGAUUCUUCGGCCAACUCUGCAGUGAAUGUCUCGUUGAACGCAACCAUUAUCUCAGCCAACGUUUCUGAGCCGCAAAACUCAAUAAUGACUUCUGUCCCGAAUCUAACCAUUAGUUCGUCGACAAUGCCGUCGGCGACGGUAUGCACUCAGGGAUCCAUUCAACCGAUUAGCACUCAAAGUCAGCAACAGAUGGUCUCUUCAUCGCAGCCCCAAUUGAUUCCCACCUCUCAGGCGACACAUAUGACACAUAACAACGCUCUGAUGGCCGCCCAGUCGUUGGGCGCGACCAUCACUUCGGUGUCCAAUCAGACGGUGCAGAUCGCGGGCCAACAGCAACAACAGCACAACCAAUUGCAGCCAUUGCUGCAGACGUCGGUACAGCCGGCGACCGCCAAUCAGAUGAGUGUUGCCAUGUCUUCGUUACCGCAGAUGCAGGUGAUUGGGCAGCAAAUCGGUGGCAGUCCCGGCACCUAUCAGUUCCAACAGGUGUACUCACCACAGAUGGUAUUGCCGGCUAAUAUGACCUUUCAAAACAUGCCUUUCGGAGCACCCAAUCAGGGCCUCCAACUACAGAUACCGUUCACCGGAACCCACGCUCUAAACACGGCUACAAUGCCUAUCACGUCGAUUGCAGCCAAACCUCCCAUUAUGUCCAAAGGGUUGACCAUCUCAUCACUGCCACAAUCGCAUCAAAUGAUAUCACAACUUAAGCCUAAUAUCGGCCCUCACGGCCAACAGAUACUGAAACAAGUACUGCCGGCCCAACAGUUCAUCCCUCACUCCACCGCCAACCAGAUAGUGAUCAGUCAGCUAUUGCCGCAACACAACCACCACCCCAUCCAACAGUCUAUACUUCCGGCCACUAAUAAAGCCAUUUUAGAGGCGCCUAAAGGAAAGCCAUUCAUGCUGUCCCAUAGCGGUGCCAUUCAGCCCAAGUCACCGAUACUGCCGGCGACGUCCAUGUCGUCAGCACUUAUGAACUCUCAAUUCAAGACCUCUUUCAGUGGCGGUCCAAAUACGGCUCAAUUGAUCCAAACGCCUCAGAAUCUGUUAACAAACCAACAGAUAUUGAGUGCUUUUCAGAUGCCACAGGGACUCACGUGGACUACUAGUCCUCAAUCCACACAUUUGGUCGCUCAAAACGGUUCGCCGAUAUUUAUUCGCGGCCCGACUCCCGGCGGCGAACAUAUGUUUAUAUCGACAUCCAAUAUGUCGAAUAUGUCUAAUCCUCAAAUCCAAACCGUUUCAAUGGCCGCACCUCUCAAUGUCCACAACACAAGCGCUUCUAUGGCUGUGAACGUAACCCACAACCAGUCGACGCCCACACAAAUGACACCCACUUUCCAACAAAUGGCGACCACUGCUAACGUGAACACUACGACCACCACAUCGAUGGUCACUACCAGCCAACCCACUGCCAUAGCCCCCGCACCCACUCCUCCCACUCUUCCCAAAGUACGAAACAUAAGACACGCGAGCAGUUCUGUGGCCACACAGACCAUCACUCCAGCCAUUGCUCAGAAACAACACGCCGAGAGUUCGACCACUCCUCUCAAGCCUAUAGCUCCGGCCAAACCGAAACCAAGUCCUCAAUUGUUAUCACAAAACACUAAACCCGUGAACAAAGACUCGAACACAACAACAAUGAUGCGGUCGACAGGUGUUGGCAGCACUCAAACCAUUAGUCAACCAACUCUUCAGUCAACCAAAAGCGAUGCCGGAAAUCAAACGACUCGCGUAUCGGUGGCCACAGAGACGCCCAAAACCAAUAGUCAGAGUCAAGUGUCUUCAAGUCGUCACGUGAAUGACCACAACAAACAGUUGAUAUCCAAAAGCAAUACCAGUACUAAUACUGGCUCUGAAUCGACUCAAACGAAAGUCCACUCCGUAUCCGAAGAGGUAAAGACACCCACAAAGAGACCUAUUGUUGAGAAGAGAGACGCUUCCACUGGCGAAGACACUGAUGUGAUGAAUAACAUGUACUCUCAACAGAAUCAUAAAUCAUUGCAAAAUUCUGUUCAGUUGGCGACCAAUGGGUCUAAUGGGCAGCAAAACAGUCCACAAGUGUUGUCUGAUUUGAACCGUCAGGACAUAUCUAAACAACCGCCACAAAAGGCAACAAUUAUGGUAAAGCCACAGGUGAUGACUCAUGUAAUCGAUGGCUAUAUAAUACAAGAGAGUCCGCUUCCUUUCCCAGUCAAUGGACUGUCUUAUAGUUCAGAGCAGAAACUCGUUAAUAAUGAGCACAAGAAUAAUACCAUUAUUCCUAUGGAAAUCAAUAAAACGAAAAAUAAAAACGAAAAUUCAGUGAAUACAAGUACUUCGUCGACAAUAACGCCCCGCAAUCGGUCCACUUCUGACCGCCAUUGUCUCAAUUGUGGACAAAAACGAAAGUCUAAUUCAAAAAAUCGAAAUUUUAAGAAGUUUUGCAGUCAAUCGUGUUCUGAGAAAUACAGCGCCAAUAAUGAUAAGAACUUGACAUCAAGUCCUCGUCUUUCGCUGUAUAAUUCAGUAACGGCUCAACUCGACGGCUCUGAGCCUCAAAAGAACCACGAUUUAGGUGUGGAAUUGUCUGCCAUCGACACCGAAAAGCCAACACUCGAUGAAAGGAAAAAGAGAUCUUUGAAACGAUCCCAAGAAGUGGCCAAUGAUUUUAAUUCACAUAGAAAUGGAGAUAUGAAUGACUCGAUUGAUCGAAAUCAUCGCAAAUCCAUACCAAACACACCGAUUGAAAUCCCAUCGGUUAAUGUCAUACCAACUAUGAGUAUCGUCGAUGAAGUGGCCGUCGGUGUGUCGAGCGCUACGGCCGGUCUCUAUAUACCUCCCGGGGGUAGAAAUCCACUUCAAUGGAGUGUGAACGAUGUCUACGAGUUUGUUCGCAAUCUUCAGGGAUGUACUGAAUAUGCGGAUGAAUUCCGGUCGCAAGAGAUCGACGGACAGGCGCUUAUGCUUAUUAAAGAAGACCAUUUGAUGAACACAAUGAGCAUGAAAUUAGGUCCCGCUCUCAAGAUUUGCAGCAAAAUCAAUGCAUUGCGUGAAGACGUUCAGAAGCAGAGCUAAAACCAUCACUAAUUUAAACAUUUAUUCAUAUGAAUUCAUUCACCGAAUAAAUAAUGGCAUGAAAUAAGCAGUUAUUAUUUUAUUUAAAUUUUAAUUCAAUAUAAUGUAAUAGACUUAAGAG